AUGUACAACCCGUAUGCCUCGGCCGCAGACGCCCAUUCACAGCAGAACAACUUGCAGCAUCCUAGGCCUCAGCAUGUGGCUCCUGUCAGCUCGUCCAAUCAAUAUUCAAGGUACAAUGCUCAGGGCCAGUACCAGCAACAACAAUACCUGAACCAAUACCAGCCCCAACAGCAAUACCAACAACAGCAACAACAACAACAGUACAAUUAUGAAGGUGGUCAAUACCAGGAGAACUACCAACAACCAGCACAACCCCAACCACAGGCACAGCACCGGCAAUACCAGCAACAACAUCAACAACAUGAGCAACAUCAGCAACAACACCAACUGAGUCAAGCCGGGCCUUAUGCCAACUUUCUUAGUGAUCCAGCGGCAUCUAUGGCGGCUCAGUUUGCCAAAAGCAGUUUUGGUCAGUCCAAUCAGUAUAUCCAACAGAACUUCGGGUCGUACAUGCCUCCCGCUGGUGAGUUGAAGUACUACUUCAAAGUGAGCAAUUCGUAUGUGUGGCGGAAACUUGCGCUAAUAUUAUUUCCUUACCGCCACCUGAAUUGGGCACGCAUGACUACGGCUGAGACCGCCGGAUCCAGUGGCUCUGGAGUGUCGUAUGCUCCUCCCAGUGAAGAUGUGAAUGCUCCAGACUUGUACAUUCCUUUGAUGUCGUUUAUCACAUACAUUUUGCUCUGGGCGCUUUUCCUGGGGUUGCGUGGAGACUUCCAUCCCGAAGUGUUUGGAUACUUGGCGUCACAGACGUUGGCAUGCCUGUUUUUAGACAUUUUGAUCUUCAAGGUGGGUCUCUACUUGUUGAACUGCUCCACCCAAAGUCUGUUCUGGGAUUUGGUCAGUUUCUCUUCUUACAAAUAUGUGGCUAUUAUUGUGUUGUUGUGCUGGAAGACGGCAUUUGGCUCUCUGUGGUUAAUGUUCUACACGGUGUUUCUACUUGUGGUUGGCAGCUUGUCACUUUUCUUGAUGCGGUCGUUGAAGUUCUUGGUGUUGCCCAUUGGUGCGACUGAUAGUUCUGCCAUUACCAUUUCCAAUAAUCAGAGACGUCUUCGCGUGCAGUUUCUCUUCAUCUACUCGGUGGUGGUGCAAUUUCUUAUUGUGUUGUUCAUGUCCCGUUAA